GAGGGAGAGCGAGAGCAAAGCAGCUCACAUCUGCUGUUUGUCUGCAGCCACAGCUUCAGGUAGUCGCUUCUCUUCCCCUGGAGCCACUAGCAUUCGCUAGUCACAGUCUCCCCAGCUCCUUGCUAACAAGGAUGUCCAACCUGAAACUUCCAUACAUCGUCUAAAGAGAAGAGGGGUGCCUGUGCCAGACCCUUUAGCACUUUUUACACCAAAACAAUGUAAUUGCAGAUUCCACCUUUUGGAAGAUUUCAUCAUGGGAGCAAACACUUCUAGCAAACCUCCAGUGUUUGAUGAAAAUGAAGAUGUCAACUUUGAUCACUUCGAAAUUUUGCGUGCCAUUGGAAAAGGCAGUUUUGGAAAGGUCUGCAUUGUACAGAAGAAUGAUACCAAGAAGAUGUACGCCAUGAAGUACAUGAACAAACAGAAGUGUGUCGAGCGCAAUGAAGUAAGAAAUGUCUUCAAGGAACUUCAGAUCAUGCAAUGUCUGGAACACCCUUUCCUGGUUAAUUUGUGGUACUCCUUCCAAGAUGAGGAGGACAUGUUCAUGGUGGUAGAUCUCCUACUGGGUGGUGAUCUGCGUUAUCACCUGCAGCAAAAUGUCCGCUUCCAAGAAGACACAGUGAAACUCUUCAUCUGUGAGCUCUCCAUGGCACUGGACUACCUCCAGAAUCAACGCAUCAUCCAUAGGGACAUGAAGCCCGACAACAUUUUACUUGAUGAGCAUGGACACGUGCACAUUACAGAUUUCAACAUUGCUGCCAUACUGACCAAGGAAACGAAAAUCACCACAGUUGCUGGCACCAAACCUUAUAUGGCCCCUGAGAUGUUCAACUCAAGAAGACAAACAGGAUACUCCUUUGCUGUUGACUGGUGGUCCCUGGGAGUGACUGCUUAUGAGCUGCUGAGAGGCCGGAGGCCAUAUCAGAUUCGCUCUGGCACAUCCACUCAUGACAUAGCUCACAUGUUUAAGACAGCAAUUGUGACCUACCCAGCUUCGUGGUCAAUAGGAAUGGUGACACUGCUGAAAAAGUUGCUCGAACAAAAUCCUGACCACAGAUUUUCUCAGCUAUCAGAUGUCCAGGACUGCUCCUACAUGGCUGAUGUGAAUUGGGAUGCAGUUCUGCAGAAGAGGCUGAUUCCAACUUUCAUUCCUAAUAAAGGCAGGCUGAACUGUGAUCCCACCUUUGAACUUGAAGAAAUGAUCCUAGAGUCCAAUCCCCUUCACAAGAAAAAGAAACGACUGGCAAAGAAAGAGAAGGACGCCAGAAAAUGUGACUCUUCCCAGCAGGUUUGCCUUCUUCAGGAGCACCUUGAAUCAGUCCAGAAGGAAUUCAUUAUUUUCAACAGAGAAAAGGUAAGAAGGGAACACAAUGAGAAGCUGGCACACGCCAAAGACCCAGAAGAUGGUCAGAACAACAACCUGUGAGAUCUUCUCCAUCCUCUUCCCACAGCGUUAAUGACUGCUCUGCACGUGGGCACUGUGCCAUGUGCUUCUGAGUCCUCCAUUUAGAAUGCUCACACAGUAGUUCUCGCCUCCCCCCACCGGCACUUACAGAUGCCCACUGCACGCUAUGGUGGAGCACUAGACCAGAAGCCAGGAGACCGGGGAUCUAGUCCCAGUUCUGCCACUUAUCAACUCUGUGUGACCUUGGGCGAGUCACCCCCUCCCUGAGGCUCCGUUUCCCUCAUCUAUACAAUGAGAUAAUCUGAUACAGAUCCCUGUUAGCUCUAAUAGUCCAUGAUUAUAAAAAGUGUUGGAGGUUCAUGCUUUAGUGUAGUACAAAGAAUGUAGGACUUAGACUAAGAAAGAUCUGGGUUCAAAUCCCAGCACUGACACACUGUGGCCACUGGCAAACAGCUUUACCUUUCUGAGCCUCGGUGGAUAAUGGGGAUAGUAAUAUUUACACUACCUAUACAAGACCUACCUCACAGGGUUGUUGUGAGGAAAACACUGUAUAGUUGUGAGUUCUUAUUAUAUUUAACCCCUUUUCUCCUCCUUGUCACACUGUGGAAAAUGUAAGGAUUGGGGUGAGGCCUUUCCAUCCUCGAAAACUAACAAAAGGGGGUCGGAAUGCCUUAGCCCAUCUGAGUAUGAAGUAGAGGAUUCUGUCAAGAAAAAAAAAAAAGAAUGGGACUUAACCAUAAGGAUUUAUGUGAAAGAGAACCCCCAAAACAGGGGCCUUCUCACAGUAGCAUGGCCCUUCAGCACUAACCAUCUCAUUUAACUAGGAACUGCUUUUAUCUGGCUAAAUCCCAGGAAACACCAGAAAAGAAUACUGUCAGAUGUAAAACACACCCGCCAUUUUGUGGUGACAUAUGGGGGACCAGCAUCAAUGCGUAGAGAAGUUUGAUCUGACGUCUAGCAGGAUGUCCUUCAGUGUGAGAGAUGAGCUAACCAAGAAACACUGAUGAUGUCUCUUUCUUGCCAAUUCUAGGGCAAGUUGGUGACUGAUCGAGGAAGCAGCCUCCUAGGAAUGAGGGCUUGUGAGAAAGCCAGAGAUGGGAAUGGGGCGAGAAAGAGAUGGAAAGUGAGAGUGCUAACUGGCUAUACUCCCCUAGAGGGUGCAGGCAUGAAGUGGGGAGUCAACAUCUGCUCGUGUUUACAGCUUUCAAUGUACUGAACUAAGAGACCUUAAGCUCCAGCAGUGCUAGGAAGAAGAGUCUCUUUCCUUGCCAUUAAAAAAAAAGGGAGGUUUUGUUUUCUUUGCAAGGAAGUAGCACAAAUAUCUUUUUAAAUGUUUGUAAAAACAACCACCAAACAAAACACUGUCCACCUCCACCUCUUGUGUUCCCCUCCACCUAAAUCACUCCGGCUCUCGUUGACUGGCCAACAACAGGUCCCAGCCCAAGCCUCACCUGGUCACAGUGUGGAUUCUCAUGGCUCAGUGGCCAGGGAGUGUAUUUAUUACAGGAGUGCAAAUAGCCAUUGUUUCUGUUUUGGCCAGAAACCCCGAGGGUCUUCCCCUCCCAGACUGAUUUUUUUUUC